AUGUUUGGGGCCAUAUGUUCAGGUAGACCAAUGCAAUUGGCAACACAAAUGGACCAGACAAAGUUUGUUAUAAGCAUACCUCAAGCAUCUAAAGUUCAACAUGUGGUAGUGUUUAUACUCCCCAAUAGUGAAUUUAUUGACCCCAAUUAUACUGCAUUAGUGUAUUUCCAGUUUCUGGUGAAUGGUAAUGAUGAAUAUAGACUACUUGGAGGACUCAAUCCCAUGAAACCAAGCGCCAUCUACAAAUUAAACGGAGUAUCUGAUUCAACUACAUCACAGACUUCAAUGGAUGAUAUUGGAAUGAUGGAUGAUAAUGUCAGUGACGAUCAAACCACUAUAAAUAUAGGGAUCUCAAUCGAACCUACACUAGAAGCCGAAAGAUUACUCGCAGAGGAGAAACUUCGUCGCCAAAAGUCAUUACCUGCACCACCUAAUCCUUCAAAUAUGAAUGGUGGCUCAUCGAUAAACACCAACGAAGUAACAAUUCUAGCAAAGAAGAUUGUGGGACACGCCUAUAAUUAUUUGGGAAGUUUUCUAGAUGCACAAGGGAAAGUGCCGAUGAAAGCAUUUGAUAAUUGGUGGGAUAAGUUUAAACAUCGUUUAAAUUCUGAUCCCAAGUUUAUAGCUAAUCUUGAGAAUUCCAAUUGA